GUCCAGACACACGGACCCGACACAUGUUGCCCAAACACACGGAGCCCAGACACACGGACCCCAGACACAUGUUGCCCAAACACACGGAGCCCAGACACACGGACCCCAGACACAUGUUGCCCAAACACACGGACCCCAGACACAUGUUGCCCAAACACACGGAGCCCAGACACAUGUUGCCCAAACACACGGAGCCCAGACACACGUUGCCCAGACACACGGAGUCCAGACACACGGACCCCAGACACACGGACCCCAGACACACGGAGCCCAGACACACGGAGCCCAGACACACGUUGCCCAAACACACGGAGCCCAGACACACGGAGCCCAGACACACGUUGCCCAGACACACGGAGCCCAGACACACGGAGCCCAGACACACGUUGCCCAGACACACGUUGCCCAGACACACGGAGCCCAGACACACGGAGCCCAGACACACGGAGCCCAGACACACGGAGCCCAAACACACGUUGCCCAGACACACGGACCACGGACACCCGGAGCCCAGACACAUGGAUCCCUUCAGCAUUUGUCCUGUCUGAACAAAUCACGAACCUUCUCAAUUGAUUCCCUGUCGUGAACCGAGAGAUGGCCGGGACCACGGGUGGGGGCUUACGGGAUGGGGGGGGGGGGGGGGUGUCUGAACGCGAAGUCGCUGACACCUUCCCUGCACACAUCAGGGGGUGGUAGGGUUGGGGGGA